AUGUCUCAUCGUUUCAACUCUGAAAUAGUUGAACACGUCAAGUCUAUUGUAACACAAAAUGUUGUCGACGAAUAUCAACGAGACGGUGCUGUAUGUAUUCGUCAAAUACUCACUCAAGAUGAGAUCGAUCUUCUCAAAAGCGGUAUUGAUAGAAAUUUGAAGCAUCCAAGUUCAAGAGUGAAAAUAGCGAGUAAACCAGAUGAUACAGGCUUGUUCACAGAAGAUUUUUGUAACUGGCAAAAUAAUGAAUAUUACAAAAAAUUUAUUUUUGAGUCGUCUAUUAGUAUCGUUGCUGGCUUAUUAAUGCGCAGUAAAACAACUCGACUUUAUCAUGAUCAUAUGUUAGUGAAAGAAGCAAAUACAAAACAAAUUACACCAUGGCAUCAAGAUCAACCAUAUUAUAAUAUUGACGGCUUUCAAAAUUGUAGUAUAUGGAUACCAGUUGAUCCAGUGUCAAGAUAUUCGACAGUAGAAUUUAUCGCCGGAUCACAUCACGGAAAAUGGUUGAUGCCACGAACAUUUAUGGAUAAUAAAGCAAAAUGGUUUCCAGAAGGUACUCUCGAAGAUUUACCAGAUAUUGAGAAUGAACGAGAAAAGUAUCCAAUAAUUGGAUGGGAAUUGGAACCAAGAGAUAUCGUUUGUUUCCAUAUGCUUACCUUACACGGCGCACGAGGAGCUGAUCAACGACGAAGAGCAUUUUCUGUGCGAUUUUUAGGCGAUGAUAUUACUCAUGCGCCACGCACUUGGAAAACAUCACCCGAAUUCGAAGAGCUUUCGAAUGAACUCGCUGUUCGUGCAAAAAUGAAUCAUUCAUUAUUUCCUAUCUUAUGGGAACAAUAG